UUCGUAAAUAUUGAAGACCGCCAUGGGAGAGGAAGAUAACCUGGCGCCAAGUGCCGUCUCUGUAGCAGUGCAGAAGCCGCUGCCGCAGACGCCGCACUUCGUGCUCGUUCACGGCAUAAGUGGAGGAGGAUGGUGCUGGUACAGAAUCAGGUGUUUGAUGGAGAAUUCCGGCUUCAAGGUUACCUGUAUUGAUCUCAAAGGCGCCGGAAUCGAUCGCUCCGAUCCUAAUUCCGUCAUCAAAUUCGACGAUUACAAUAAGCCUCUGCUCGACUUCAUCUCCACUCUGCCGGAGAACGAACAGAUCAUACUGGUUGGACAUAGCGCCGGAGGAUUAAGUGUGACUCAAGCAACUCUCAAGUUCGCGAAGAAAAUCCGUUUGGCGGUGUACGUAGCGGCGACGAUGCUAAAAUUAGGCUACCAGACCGAUCAAGAUAUCAAAGACGGAGUGCCAGAUUUAUCCGAGUUUGGGGAUGUUUAUGACCUAGAAUUUGGACUAGGGUCCCAACAACCUCCAACCACAGCCAUCAUCAAAAGGGAAUUCCAGCGCAAGAUCUGCUAUCACAUGAGCCCCCACGAGGAUUCUACGCUGGGCGCCAUGCUUCUAAGGCCAGGGCCAAUCCUGGCAUUAAAGACUGCUCAGUUUAGAGAGGAGGAAGAAUUUGCCGAUAAGGUGAAACGAGUAUUUAUAAGAACAAUGUAUGAUCGUGUAAUCAAAAGGGAGCAACAAGAUGCUAUGAUAAAGCGAUGGCCACCCGAGAUCGUAUACGACAUGGAUACCGAUCACAGCCCCUUCUUCUCCAACCCGUCUCUGCUCUUUGGCUUGCUUCUAAAGGCUGCUGCGUCAACAGGAUGUAACUAUACAGGGGAGGGACAUUUUUAUGCCUAAUAUAAGAACAGUAUAAAAUUCAUGUGAUCUCAACUCAACAAUUAAAACUGCAAGAAUAGAUUUCGUAAUUCAACACCGAAA